UUGAACUCCGUACUUCCGAGUUCAAAGUCGCUCCAAAUAGAUCACACACAACUCCACUUCUGGAUUAAAGAGGCCUGCCCCAUCUCUUUUACUCCAUCCGAGUACCACUCCACAUAGAUCUAUACGAGUGGAGAAACAGUGGGUGAGGGAGUGGAAGAGUGAGAGAAGGGAAGGAAGGAGAGAUGACGGGGGUGGUGGUGGUCUCAAGUGGGUGCAGAGGGGAAGGAGGUGGAGGGAAGAGAGCAAAAGGGGAAGAGGAGAGGCAGAACCAGAUCUCUCUCUUGGCGUUGCUCCUUGCUGCCAUCAGGAGGUCGAUGGUCGCCUGCCGAAUGGAGCGGCAGACCGAGGAUGUCAUACCGGCCCUCGAGCAGAUGGAGAUAGGUUGGCCGACCGAUGUCCGCCAUGUAGCCCAUGUCACCUUUGAUCGGUUCAACGGCUUCUUAGGCCUUCCGGUCGAGUUCGAGGUCGAGAUACCCUGCCGAGUGCCCAGUGCAAGUGCCAGUGUCUUUGGUGUCUCAUCUGAAUCAAUGCAGUGUUCUUAUGAUUCGAGGGGCAACAGUGUGCCCACAAUCCUGUUGCUUAUGCAGGAAAGGCUAUAUCAACAAGGAGGUCUCAAGGCAGAAGGGAUUUUUCGUAUAAACCCAGAGAAUGGCCAAGAGGAACAUGUAAGAGAGCAGCUGAACAAGGGCAUUGUGCCAGAUGAUAUUGAUGUUCACUGUUUGGCAGGACUGAUAAAGGCCUGGUUCAGAGAACUUCCAGAGGGUGUUUUGGAUGGCCUUUCCCCAGAGCAAGUUCUUCAGUGCAACACAGAGGAGGAAUGCGAGGAGCUCGUGAAGCUGCUUCUUCCAACACAGGCUGCACUUCUUACUUGGGCAGUUGAUCUCAUGGCCGAUGUUGUCGAAGAAGAGGAGUCAAAUAAAAUGAAUGCACGAAACAUUGCUAUGGUCUUUGCUCCAAACAUGACUCAGAUGUCAGACCCGCUGACAGCUCUAAUGCAUGCUGUUCAAGUAAUGAACUUUCUCAAGACUCUAAUUCUGAAAACACUAAGGGAACGUGAAGAGGCAGCCACUGAAGGAGGAUAUUCACCAUUCUCAUCUUCGCGUUCACUGGAUCAACAAGAUGAUGAUGAUGAUGAUGAUCUCGAUAGCCAACCAGAUAUGGAAAUGAGCGGUGAGUUGAAGGAACUCACUUCAGAUGAUGACCAUGACAGAUGCAGUCAACAUGAAGUGGAAGCAAGUGGUGAAUCAGGGAGACACAUCUCAGUUGAUUGCCAUGUACUUCAUAGUAGUAGCAUUAGCGAAGAUGAUGAGGACUCUCUGACGGACAUUGAAGAAAGCUUCCUGAGGCAACUAGAAUGGAAGGAAGAAAAUGGAUUUCUUGCAGAAGAUAGCACCAGUCUGGGCUUGUCAUCUGGUGGCCAAGCAAAACAACUGAGCUGCUCUGACUACAACACUGGAUCCUGCCUCUCUGUAUCUGAAAGCAAACAAGAGAGCUUAAGUACAAGUUGUGAAGCAGAAUCAGAAACCAGUGCUCUCAGAGAUGUGGUUGCUGAGGCAACGAAUCUAUCGAAGCAGACAGAUGGCAAAGAAUUGGCCGCUGAGGCGAAAAAUGUAGCAAAACAGAUAGGUGGCAAACAAGUGGAAAUGGUUGGGUGCAAGUGGACACCAUAAAAGGGCUCUCUGACUUGAUAGUGUGGUAUUUGUGUGUGCCAUUGUUUUGUGUGGCUUUGACUUGGUGAGCGUUGUCAACUGGGGGUUGAGAGUGGUUUGUUAGGAGACUGUGAAUAGAUUCAGCUUGCAAGCUGAACUUCUUUGUUAGUUGAUUAGUAGUUUCCAAGUAUGCAUGCGCAACUUAUCCUUA